UUACGUUGUUACCCCUGUUUUCAUUUAUCUAAAUUUUGUUCUUUUUGUUGAAUCUGUACAUUAGUUGAUCGACUUCAUUAGUCGCAUAAACCUUUAUCUGUAUUUUAGGUGCUCACACUUUUCAAAAGUUUAAUUGAAAGUUCCUUUUUACAAUGAUUAUGCCCCUAGAUUCAUUGAAGCUUAUAUGUGAAUUUCUUUGUUAAAUAUUAAAAAUCCCAUACUUUUAAAAUUCAACUGAAAGUCGUUAUAUUAAACCUUGAGCUAAUCAUAAGAGGACUAUUUUUGUGAAGUUAUGAAAAGUCUAGGGAUUCAAUCAUACAAAAAAGGACUAUAUGUUAAUAAUUGAGUGUAGGUCUAGAAUUUAAUUUCGCAAAAAUAUGGUGUAGGUACUUAAACUUUUUGAAAAGGCAAUAUUCCAGCAUGUUUUUGUUAUAAGUAUGUAUUUGUGUUCAGUUAAUACCAAUUUGGCCAUAAACAUGCAAAAUAACAAACUACGUUUAAUUUUUUAGAAAAAAAAACAACAUUUUUUAACCUAUAACCUGUUAGUUACUCAUCUGAAAUACUUGUCUUUUUAAGCUUUUAAAGGAAUAUUUGUUGUCCAUCAUAUCUUUAGUCAAGCAUUUAGCAUAAUGUACAAGAAUUUAAUAAAACUAAUUUAUAUAACAAUGAAUUAAGUCAUUUACAUAUAUUAGUUCCAAGUGGUGAUUGGUGAGGGUUCAAAAUUCAUUAUGGAUAUUUAGGUGGUGUAGAAUCAGGGACCGUGUUUCUCCGUUCUAAAAAAAAAAAAUUAGUUAUGUCAAACGACAAAGGAUCCGACAUAAGCUAAAAUAUUGAGUUCUACGUUGACUUCGAUAUUGGGUUGGGCUGAACAAAGACUUCUUGCGUAUCAUGAUACAUUUGAUAACGUAAACAUUAAUUCUAUGCAAAGUAUUGUGUCUUUAGGGGUAUCAGCUGCUAAAAUAUUGGUUGAAGAUAUAUCUAAUGAGUAUCGCCGAAGACGGAAAAAUGAUACCGAUGUGGCGCGAAGUCGGAUUGAUACGUACAUUAGGUCAUCGCUUCGAACGGCUUUCGCGCAGGGGUAUCAGCUGCUAAAAUAUAAUAUUGGUUGAAGAUAUAUCUAACGAGUAUCGCCGAAGACGGAAAAAUGAUACCGAUGUGGGGCGAAGUCGGACUGAUACGUACAUUAGGUCAUCGCUUCGAACGGCUUUUGCUCAGGGGUAUCAGCUGCUAAAAUAUUGGUUGAAGAUAUAUCUAAUGAGUAUCGCCGAAGACGGAAAAAUGAUAUCGAUGUGGCGCGAAGUCGGACUGAUACGUACAUUAGGUCAUCGCUUCGGACGGCUUUUGCUCAGGUACGUUUUUAUUUGUUAUUAUAUUUUUAAGGGUAAAAUGCCAUUUUAGUCCCUGAGUUAUAUUAAAACAGAAAUGAGAUAUUUGUUUUGGCAACCAUAAAGAUGAGGUCAUCCUCACCAACCACUUACUUAUUUCUUUCUACCUUCAUAUCAACAGACCUCAUAUCAAAUUUAAUUAUAAUUGACUACUGAAACUUGAGUCUAUCUUUAAAACACCUUUUGUGUGUGUGUUUUUGUGGUUUUUUUUUUGUGUGAGUGUGGAGAUGGCAGGGGGGUCAGUUGCACCAACAGGUGUAGCAAAAGACAGAGCAGAGCAGUAUGAAGGAAAAGUGACUGCAUAUGUCAUCAUUGCUUGCAUCGUUGCUACUGUUGGUGGAUCCAUUUUUGGUUAUGAUAUCGGAAUUUCAGAUGGCCCUUGCUGACCUUCGUGAAGGGAGUACCGGCCCCAUCACGGUUAUGGUUUGCCGAAAGUGGGAUGUCACAAGUGUCAAUGGACGCUACAUGAGCACCGAUUAUGUCGUCAGUGAUAAAAAGGGAGGUGUGAUGCAUUGUACCGCAAGAAAUAACAUUGCGCACUACUUCUUUGACAAACUCAAAGAGGGCGGGAUAUAUUUACUCAAGGGUUUUACGGUACAGAACACCGAUCAAUACCGGAUUUUGAAAGACAACCCCUUUGUUAUUGGGUUAAAUGGUUCCACGAUUGUGAAGAAGGUUGACGAUGCCAGUGGUUCCUUUACGGGCUACCCGUUCUUACUUACGGCGUUUGAGGACCUCCAACCAACUGAGGGCAAGUUUUUUGUAGAUGUUGUAGGAUAUGUUACUGAGGUGGGGCCGCAGUCUGUGAAAGCAUCGGGUGCUCGCACGGUCGAGUUCAACCUAACAAAUGAACGCAAGCGCGGAGUUAGAGUGACGUUGUGGGGUCAGCUGGGUGAUGCUAUGCUCAAGAAGAAAGAACAAAACCCCGCUGUCUAUUCUAUAAUCUUGACUUCCAUGAGCGCAAAGUUUCACUUAGGCGCUCUUGGUUUGUCUAGCUCAUCGUCAACUAUGAUCAUUGAUUCGCCCGAGGUACCCGCCCUCCAAACUUUCAAGACAUCCAUUAGCUGUGUUGCCGUUGGAGAUACUAGCGAUCCAAUCACCGAGGAUGUGGUCUGUGUUGGUACGCUACAAGAGCUUGUGGACAGGGUCCGUGCCGACAAAUCCAAAAAGAAGCUGCCUCCGCGCCCAUUCGUGAUGCUCGAAGCCUCUUUCGCCUUUCAUACACAUUCACGUGUUAUGGCCAACGGGUUGAUCCAAUACGUUUGUGGGCUAAAACUGCUCGCCCAUGCUGGACCUGACAAAGAUGAGGUUUCCAGGUUAUGGUCUGCUGCUCCUGGCAUGGUUUGUCAUUCGAUACAAGUCCGCCUUCGCUCCCAUACGCUGUCUGACGGCAAGGUGGAAACAUAUUUCGGUCUUACAUUGAUGAACAGCUGCAGCGAUACCAGCUUCGUGGGUGGCAAAAAUUCCAUCCAUAUACAAAAUCGUAACUAUGUGGGCCUUGGUGGGAAGAACGUCACAUAUUGUGGACCUACACUUUCUUCCAUAACUACAUUUGCAUCCUCAGCCGACCCCAACACAGGUAACACUCAAAUACAGCCGCCAAGUGCUAUGGUGACCACUGGUACUACCACUGGAGCGGGCAAAGAAGGAUCAAUAAAAGGUAAAAACAUUAUACGGAGUGAUACAGUGCACACACUGCCUGUGGUAUGUCCAUUAACAACAUGUUCUCCCUCCGUAUCUGUCCAAGACAGUUCCUGCAAGUCACAAAAUUCUCAUCAAAACGUGGCGGGUCCAUCGCAUCGGCGUCCUCCUCGCCCUAAAAAAACAGAAGGCGUUCGUAUUCGAACCCCGCGCAGGGCAGCGUUUGCAUCAGCAGGUGCUCGUGUUGAGUACCAGAGCCUUGGCCGUCCAACCUUCACUUGUCAUAAUUGUGCAGCGGUCAUGUGGUAUGAGGAGAGGAACAAAAAUACAAAGGCGUCUGAUGGGACGACUUUCUCUUCGUGCUGCCAGGAUGGCAAGGUUUUGCUUCCUCGCCUUCAUGACGCCCCUGAGCCUUUAAGAUCGUUACUUGAUUGUAACGACCCAGAGACGGUUAGAUUCAGAGAACAGAUUAGAGUGUACAACAGCAUGUUCUGUUUCACAUCAUUUGGGGCAAAGAUUGAUCAUGCUAUAAACAGGGGUAGAAGCCUAUAUACCUUUCGAAUAAGCGGUCAGAACUACCACCGAAUAGGAUCCAUGUUACCAGUUGAAGGUGAACAGCCCAGAUAUGCUCAGCUGUAUUUCUACGACACGCAAAACGAAAUCAAAAACCGUAUAGCUGCUUUGUUCGGCCAGGACCAUUGUGAGGACACAGUAGACGAAGCAAUUGUUGCGUCCCUCAUAAGAAUGUUAGACGAACACAGUUCUGUGGCUAACGCCUUCCGAAUGGCGCGCAACUGGUGCGCUCAGAAUGAAAGAAACGACUGUCAGCUGCGCUUACUCGGCCAUGUAAUGAAUAACCCACAGUACAAUCGUCCUAAUGUGUCUGAAGUUGCCGUUCUCAUCACAAACGACUUUGGGGAAGACACCGAGCCACGCGAUGUUGUCGUCAAGGCAAAGCACGGAGCGCUGCAACGGAUAUCGGAAUUACAUCAGCUAUACAUGUCUUUGCAGUAUCCGCUGUUGUUUCCAUACGGAGAAACAGGGUACCACGAGCGAAUACGCUACCAUGACAACACCGGACGCCGUGCGACUAAGCGACAGUGUGUUACGAUGCGGGAAUACUACUGCUACAGAAUCCAUUAUCGCAACAAUGAAGGCACCACCCUGUUCAGAGGCGGUCGCUUAUACCAGCAACAUCUGGUUGACGCAUACACGGCCAUAGAAGAACAAAGGUUGCGCUGGAUGAGAAAUAACCAGAAUGAGCUGCGCGUUGAGCUCUACCUUAAUGUUUGCGACGCUGUAACACGUGGAGAUACAAGUGCUGAGGCUAUCGGACAACGGAUAGUUUUACCUGCAACCUUUACGGGCAGUCCAAGAUAUAUGAUCCAAAAUUACCAAGACGCCAUGGCUCUGUGUCGUGCUUUUAGCAACCCUGACCUGUUUGUCACCUUUACAGCCAACCCAAAAUGGCCUGAGGUCGAAUACAUGGUAUCUCUCAUACCAGGCCAGAAAUCCCAUGACCGUGCAGAUGUUGUAUCACGCGUUUUUAAGCUAAAGCUGACCUUUUUGAUUGAAGAUAUUAUGAAGAAACAAAUCUUUGGCAAAUGCAACGCAGCCAUUUACACAAUUGAGUUUCAAAAACGAGGACUACCGCAUGCGCACCUUCUGUUUUGGCUUGAACAUUCUGCCGCGUUUCGCACACCUGCUGGUAUAGAUGAUUUGAUUUCGGCCGAGAUCCCAUCGAAGAUUGACGACCCAUCCGGCUAUAAGGCUGUCACAAAUUACAUGUUGCAUGGCCCAUGUGGGAAUGACGCGCGCAGUGCUUCGUGUACAACAGACGGGAAAUGCAUGAAACACUUUCCAAAACCAUUUUAUCGAGAAACGACAAUUGACGAAGACGGUUACCCGGUUUAUCGACGAAGGGAUUCCAAGAUUUUCUUCAUGAAGGGCAAAACUAGGCUUGACAACAGGUUUGUCGUCCCAUACAACCGUUAUCUCCUCUUGAAGUAUGAAUCACACAUCAACGUUGAAUGGUGCAACCAGUCUCGAGCAAUAAAAUACCUGUUUAAAUACUUAAACAAGGGGCCGGAUAGGGCUACAAUGGUUGUUCAAGAAAACAUUGGCAGCGACAGCGAAAAGCGUGCACAACAGAUUGUUAAGGUCGAUGAGAUUAAAAACUAUUUGGAUUGUCGCUACUUAUCGCCGUGUGAGGCUGUGUGGCGAAUGCUUGCAUUUCCUAUACAUUACUCAUUCCCGUCCGUCAUGAAGCUAACCUUCCAUCUACCUAACCAACAAUUGCUCACGUUGCGUGAUUCGGACAGUUUGCCAGCCCUGUUAAACCGGGAUGGGAUAGGAGAGACAAUGUUCACCCAAUGGUUUGCGCUGAACAACAGAGAUGCAUUGGCAAGAAAGUUGACAUACGCCGAGAUACCAACACAGUAUGUGUGGCAAGAGGAUAACAAGGUAUGGAAAAAGCUGUUGGAACGGACACCCGUUGGCCGGAUUGUGUAUUGCAAUCCAGCAGCUGGGCCAAAGUAUUAUUUAAGGAUGUUGUUGGGAAUUGUGAGAGGGCCCCGAAGUUUCGAAGAAAUAAAAACAGUUGAUGGGGUCGUGUAUGAAACGUACAAAGAAGCCUGCUAUGCGUAUGGCUUGCUUAAUGAUGACAAGGAGUGGAGUGACGCUCUUUCAGAGGCUAAAUUAUGGGCGUCUGGUUCCCAGCUACGGGAGUUGUUUGUUACCAUGUUAUUGUUUUGCGAAGUGAACCGCCCGGCACAACUGUGGGCGCAGAAUUGGGAGAUACUAUCUGAUGAUAUUUUGUACAUGAAACGUAGACACUUCAUGUUUCCAGGAUUACACUUAUCAGACGACCAGCUUAAGAACUACUGCCUGAUUGAGCUGAAUGAACUAUUGGAGAAAAAUGGCAAAUCAUUGGCGGAUUUCACGGAUAUGCCAUAGCCGGAUACGUCGCUCCUCGA